CUACUCUGAUAUCGCUGACCAUCAACUUGAAAAUGUGAUAUGCACGAUGGACCCGGACCUCAAAUUAUUAGUUGGUGGAGAUGGCCUCCAGGUUGAGAUCAUGGCCUUUCAUCAAGUCAUGAUAAAUGCCAGCCCAGUAUUUGCGGCAAUGCUGAAACCAGAUCAGUACAGGGAAGGCACACGCUUGGCUCAAGACAAGCAGCUUGAAUUGCCUCUUCCUGAUGACGAUUCGGAGGCAAUGACAGUUCUUUGUAAUAUUCUUCACUUGCAGUCACGGAAAGUUCCAACGAAAACCGUUACACCAGAUCUUCUUGAGAAUAUAGCCGCCAUUGUUGACAAGUAUGACUUCACGAGAGCUAUUCAACCGUGGCCGGAGAUUUGGUUUCGGGAAGAGCACAUCCAGAGCGAAUUAAAUCGAGUGGAUGAUCUUCCCGUGGAUAUGCUGCCGAAAUGGAUACACAUAUGCUAUCACUUAGGCUACUCAUGUCACUUCGGGAUACUCACGUCGGCGUUGAUUACCCGGAUGAGCAUCAAUGAUUUCAACCAGAGCUCAGUUAUCGACAAUUUCGGAAUGCUUCCUUUUGUUAUCCAAGAGGAAAUUAACACCAGGCGACAACGAUGUGCCGACAGAUUUCGACGGCUCAGUCUAGACCUAAUUGACAGUCUAGAACAAGGGCAAUCCUGCAAGACCAUGGAAUCGUCAGACUACAACGAGCGACAAGCCUUUGACUGCUCGUCCGUUCUCCUCCGAAAUGCCAUCCUCGCUUUAAGAGAGGCGUUCGGACCUGGUUGGAGGCUCGAGGAGGCGUGGACAAGUAGUCUCACUGAACUGUAUCAGAAGAUGGAGAUGAUAUCCAGUAAAUUAACUGGCCCAUUACGGAUCUGUGACCACUUCGGCUACAGAAGGAUGCAACCAGAACUUCACCACGGCUGUACCAAGCAGACCCACUUUCUGAGUGCACUGAAACCAAUAUAUGAGCGUGCAGCGACAGGACUACGACUGGAGGAAUUGGGCAACGCUUUCUAUCGUGAGAUAGUUGAAGUUUAAAAGGGCGUAUAGUAUUAAGCCCUCGAGGGCCAUCACUCUGAUAUGUCGCUUUCCAUGAAGGCAAUCUGUUCCAGAACAUCAGCUAAUUUGGUAGUCAGAUUCUUAGCUUCC